AAUGAACAGUCUAAAAUAAUUUUAAUAUUUAAGUGCAGAAAAUUAAUUUUCCUUUUUAUGUGAAGUUUUUCCGCCAUGAUAACGCCAUGUUAACAUUUUUCUAUAAUAUUAUUUCCAACUUCCAAGACUACAAAGUACAGACUAUAUAUUGUAUAUAGCAGACUACAAGUUUUAAGUUUACAACUGAGACAUUAUUUACUUUUCUAUGAACUAAAUUAUCGACUGCUUCAUAAUUUGUUAGUUCAUCAUUUAUAUUUUUAUUAUUCAAUAUUUACUAUAAACCAUUGACUAUAAACAAUUUAAUUUUAAACCGUGUUCUAAUCAUAGAUUUCAUCUUUCCAGUGUGUAUAAAUUGUCUUGAACUAACUGGUUAGUGAUUAUUUUAUUUAUCCAUAAUUGAUCUGUAAUAUGGGUUACAGUCGAAAGUGAGUUAAUUAUAAUUAAUAUAUAUUAAUAUUGAAUACUGAUUUUAAUAUAAUUAUUUAAUAGUCCAGUUAUGGCAACAAGAGAUCGUAGACGAGGGCGUGAUAGACGUAGUCGAAGUCCAAUACGUAGACGUGGUGGUCGAGGAGGAAGAGGUGAUCCAGGCUCUAAUUUGCGUAAGCCACGAUGGGACACAAAAAAAUUAGAACCGUUCAAAAAAGAUUUUUAUAUGCCACAUGAAGCUGUCCAUAACAGGUAAAAAUCAUUAUUUAUGUAAUAUUAUGUUAAAUAGGUAGCCUAUUAUAAUAAUUAUUAUUUAAGUUGUAAAAAUGAUGAAUGAAAUAAACUACUAAUUUAGUUAUUUUUACCUAUUUGUUAAAUUUGUCCAGAUUAUAGACUAUUGCUUAAUAAUCUGUGAGGUGCAUAUAAUAUAUUUAUCUUUUGGCCACUAUUCUAAGGCACUACCUAGUGGCUCCUUAGUCUUUCUAAACCAAAUUAGUUCAAACUCGAAAAUUAGAAUUGUUUAUACAGAUUGAAGUAAUAAAAGUAUAUUUGAAUUUCAUUAUAAAUUUAAGCAUGCUGCAGUGUGUUUUGAGAUUUAAACACCCCUAAAAAACCACCCAAAUAAAGCCAGAGUAUGGAAUUUUAUGUAUGCAUUGUAUAAGUACCAAGAUAUGUGUUUGGUGUUUAAUCUUUCAAUCUCUGUCUAUCAUUUUCAUGCUAAAAUUUUACAAUUUUUUGUUUUGAAGUAAUAUAGUUGUAGUAUUGUUUAGAAUUGUAUUACUAUAGUACCUUCAGUUAUUCAAUUAUUUGUUUUUUUAUAACAAAUAUUUAUAUAAUACCAAAUAGAUAUGGAAAAUUUAAUUCUAGUGAUAGAACUCUGCUGUGCACUGGGGUUUCUUUUUUAUUUUGAUAGCUAUUUAUGUAUUCUUCUUUCUUUUUUUUUUAAGGUCUUUAAGACCAUUUUUUUGCCAUAGAAUAAAUUUUCCCCCAUUCUUCUCUGUUUUCCGCUACUUCCAAUCCAUGUAUCCAUAAUCCCCUCUAGCUUUUAGAAAAUCUUUUCUGAUUUCAUCCUCCCAAGGUAGCCAUGGUUUACCCAGUGGUCUUUUGCUCUUUGGAUUUUCUUGGAGCAUUCUUUGUACUAUUGAAUCUUUCUACAUGUGUAACCUGCUCAUUUCAACUUACUCUGUUUGAUCUCGUUCACAAUAUUUGGUCUAUUGAAUAUUUCCAUCAAUUCUUGUUUGUUUCCCUUGAUCUUUAAAUAUCCUGAUCAUACACAGGUCCAUAUAUUUUGACAUACAUCCUUCGCAACAUACAGGAUUGUGAGCAAUACAUGACUAUUGGGCAUAUGAUUAUCAAAUAUAACCAAAUUUUAACUUCUUUUGAAAGGACUCUAUAGCUCAGUAACUUACCUAAUGCAUAGAAGCAUUUGUUUCCUUUUUUAAUUAUUUGUUGGAUUUCUAUUGGGCAUUCAUUCUUCUGUGUUACAAUAGUGUCCAGGUAUUAAAAUGGUUCCACUUUUUUGAACUGACCCACUUUUAUGGUCUCGAUUGUAGGAUCGUCACCUAGUUCCCUUCUAACUUUCAUGUGUUGCAUUUUCUCCGUGUUAAGAUGCACAUUUUUUGCCGAUUCUAUUAACCUGCCACAUAAAUCUACCAAUUUUUGUUCCUCUUUUCCUGGCAGGACAAUAUCGUCUGCAUAGGCAAGCAGACUAAAGCAAGUUCUUUAUCCAUUAUUACUCCUUCAUCUCUUCCCAUCAUCAUUUCUCGGUAUUAAAUUAAAAAGGAUUGGCAACUAGGCAUCACCCUGCUUAAGUCCUGUUCUUACCUCUACCAUCCUUGAUGUUGCAUUUCUUACUUUGACUUUGACUUUUGUCUGUUUUAUGCUAGCUUUAAUAAAAUCGAAAUGUUUCAAUAUUUUGGUUAUGCUAGUUCUAUCUAUACUGUCAUAUGCUUUUUGAAAAUCUACAAGGAUUAUAUGGAGUUCCUUAUUGUAUUCCCAGCUUUUCUGGAAUAGCUGUCCGAUUACAAAGAUCUAGUCCGUCGUUGACUUCUUUUGCCUGAAUCCACAUUGAUAGUCCCCCACCACUUCUUCAGCCAGUGUUUUUAUUCUAUCCAGAAUGCAAUAAGAUAAUACUUUAUAUGUUGUAUCUAGCAACGUUAUCCCUCUAUAGUUACUACAGACUUACUUGUUAUCUUUUUUAUUUAUUUAUUUAUUCUUAAAAUUACUAAAUACAUAUGUAAAGGCAUAUCCAAGGAGGGGAAUUUCAGGUCUGGAUCCCCUGCCAUAAAUGUAUUAAACUCUUCUGUAAAUGUGUGUAAGUGUAUGACGCUGUAUUUGUAUAACUAUUAUUAGUUUUAACAACAGUAAUCACUAAUCUGUUGGUUUUGAAUUCAAUAAAAAAAAAAAUGAUGGAUUUCUCAUGUCUUUGUACAUAGAUAUACUUCCUAUGUAAAAAUUAAUUUCAAUUUACUGAGAAAAGUAAACAUUUUAGCAAAUAAAGUUUAGUUAUGAUUCAAAAGAUAUUGAUUAAAUUGAAAACCCAAUUUGUAUAGCCUUAGAUUGUGUAGACCUUACUCAUAUGAAAUAAACAAUAAUUGUUUGUUGUGUUUGUAAUUAUUGUUAUGAUGAACAUUGAGAAUAGUUUAUGUUGGGGGAAAGUGAUAUCUGCACAUUGUGUCUCCUUCGAAAUAACGAGCGACUUUUGUUACAUUAUUUAAGUCAUAUAAAUUGUGGUGUUUAAGCAUUAUGCCUGUAAUCUUUUUAUUUGGUGAUUUUGUAGAAAAAUGAUUUGUAUAGCCUUCAGAAAUAUUUCUCUCCUUAAAUUGUGUUACAUGUGUUGUAAGAUCACAAUUUUUCUAAGUUACUUAAUUUUGCUAUGUUGCUCAUUAGUUUGAUUGGAUAGAAUAUCGCCUUUUCUUAAAAAAUACAAAAUGAAAACUAUAUACUUGAAAAAAUGUUCAAUAAUGUUUCAUUUAAAAUUAUAAUUAACAUAAUAAAACAAUUUCAUGUCAAAACUAAUAGUUCUCUUUUUAAACAAAAAAUUUAAAAAUAUAAACAAAUUAAAUGCGUCAUUAAAAUAAUGAACACUUGAUGUAUCAAAUAUACCAGCCGUUCUCAACUUCUUCAUAUUCGUGUACCACUUCCACAUUUUAAAAAUUGUUCACGUACCACUUGCCAUAAGUAUUAGGCUUUUUUGUUUUACUUGUCCAAUAACAAAUGUGUAAAUACGUUAUGCAUGGAACUUUUAUUAUUAAAUUUACAUAAUUAUAUUAUUUUUAAUAGAUUACAUGGACAUUAAACCAAUAACUUUUUUUUAACUUAUCAAAAAAUUUCUUUUUGUACCACAGGUUGAGAAUCGCUGAAAUAUAUUAUUGUAAUAAUACUUUUAAUUUUUUUUUUUUUAGUUGAUAGAAGGUAUCUAUUUUUUAAUAGAUACCUUAAUUAAUCUAAUUUUUUACCAGGCAAAAAAGCCAUAGGUUUAUUGGCCUUAAAUUUUUUUAAAUAAUUACAAUUUACUUAAAUUAUAAUAUCUUGAAAACAAGUUAAUUACUAGAAUGUAAUUUCCUACAUAAUUGUUAAUUAAAUUUUGGAGGCUUUAUGUUAGAUUUUAAAAUUUUUGGUAGUUAAUAUAUUUUCUUCAACUUACAUUUUUUAAUUUAUUUUGACAUUGGCCAUUCUUACACUAAGUAAAGUUAUGUAUAUAUUUAAUUGAUAUUUAUCAAAUACAAAGUUUAUUUUAAAAUAAUAUAUAUAUAUAUAACAAUUAAUAAUCCUGUUAUACCCUUUAUAUAUCCUAGGUACUACCUAUAUAAAUGUAACAGUUAUAAAGUUAAAUAAUAUUAGGGUAGGUUUGGCAUUUGGUCAAUUGAUGUAAAGAGUACUAUUUAAAAUUAUUUAAUUGUUCCUAAGUUAAAACUGAUAUGAUAAUAAUUCAUAAUUAUGAAUACUAUUUAAUAUUUUUUCAAUUUUUUCAAUUUAUUAAUUCCUAAAGAAUUCUGGUGGAAAAAAAAUGAAAAAUUCACUUUAGAUUUCAGAAUGUAAAUUAUUUAUAAAUUUACAGUUUUUAAUUAGUCUAUUUUGACUUCAAUUGACUGGUAAUAAGCCCAAACACAAAUAGUGAAAUGUAAUUUGAGAAAUAUUUUGUAUUUUUAUUUGAAGAUCAAAAUCAGAUGUAGAAAAAUACAGAGAAGAAAAAGAAAUUACAUUAGUUGGUGAAAAUAUCCCUAAACCAAUAUUCAAAUUUGAUGAAAGUGGCUUUCCUGAAAUAAUUAUUAAAGAACUAAAGUAUGAUCACAAUUAUUUUUAUUAGGUGUAUGUAUUUAUUUGAUUAUUUAAUAUCUUUUCAAUAUAGGAAACAAGGGUUUGUUGAGCCUACUGCUAUUCAAGCUCAAGGAUGGCCAAUAGCAUUAUCUGGUAACAACUUAGUUGGUAUUGCUUCUACUGGUUCUGGCAAAACAUUAUCUGUAAUUAUUUAGUUUAUAUUUUGUAAGGUAUUUUACAUAAAACAUAUUGCAUUAAAUACAUUUUGUUUUUUAUAUACAAAUAUAUAGUAUAUUAUACCAGCUUUGAUUCAUAUUUCUCAUCAACGGAAACUAUCUCGUGGAGAUGGGCCUAUCGUAUUAGUAUUAUCUCCCACUCGAGAGUUAGCUCAGCAAAUACAAACUGUUUGUGAUGAUUUUGGUGAUGCAUUUGGAGUUAGUAGUACAUGCUUAUUUGGUGGUGCACCAAAAGGUGGUCAAGUAUGUAAAAAAAAAAAUAUAUAAAUAUUUUUAAUUUGUUUAUUAAUUUGCAACAUUUUGUAUCUACUUUUAUAGGCAUCUGAUUUAAGUCGUGGAGUUGAAUUAGUUAUCGCUACACCAGGGCGUUUGUUAGAUUUUCUUGAAAGUGAGCGAACAAAUAUGUGUCGAUGCACUUACCUUGUAUUAGAUGAAGCAGAUAGAAUGUUGGAUAUGGGUUUUGAACCACAAAUUCGAAAGAUUAUCGAUCAAAUAAGAGUAUGAAAUUAUUAAUAUUAAUAAAAUCGAGAAUAUUUUAAUGGAUAAUAUGUUCAUUUACAGCCAGAUCGACAAGUACUAAUGUGGUCAGCCACUUGGCCUAAAGAAGUGAAAAAUUUAGCUGAAGAAUUUUUAGAUGAAUACAUACAAAUAAAUAUUGGUUCAUUAACUUUGGCUGCUAACCAUAAUAUUCAGCAGAUUGUUGAAGUCUGUCAGGAAUAUGAUAAAGAAACUAAGUAUAUAUUUGAAUUUUUUUUUUUUUUAAUUGAGUCAUUAAUACUUAUUUAAUAUGUUAUUAGAUUAAUAUCACUUCUAAAGAAAAUAAUGGAUGAAGAUGAAAAUAAAACAAUAGUGUUCAUAGAAACCAAGCGACGUGUGGAUGAAAUAACUAGAAAAAUUAAAAGACAUGGGUAAUACAUUUAUUUGAUAAAAUUGUGUUAUAGACAUAUAAUAAUAAAGAUAAAAAUAAUAAAAUAUUUUAGGUAUUCAGCAGUGUGUAUUCAUGGAGACAAAUCACAAUAUGAGAGAGACAAUGUUUUAAAAGGUAUUUAUUAUAAUUAUUGUUUGACCAAUAAUAAUAAUAUAGUUUAUAUGUUUUUAAAUUAAAUACAUUUUGUAGAUUUCAGAGAUAGUCGUUAUCCUAUAUUGGUUGCUACAGAUGUUGCUGCUCGUGGACUUGGUGAGUAACUAUAAAUAUUAAUUUAUAUGUAUUAAUAUCCUAAAAAUGUUGAAGCUAAUUUGAUUUUAUCAAAUUAUAUAUACAAUUAUAAUUAUUUUUGAAGAUUUUUAAGGUUAUAAAAAAAAAGAGGAAUUUACUAUUAAUUAUAUUUCAAAAUAAUAUAAAAUUAAUUUAUUGGUAUCAUUUUAUGAAUAAAUUAAUAAUAUAGGUUAAUAAUAUUAUUUUAUAUAAUACCUGUACCUAUUAUAUUUCUUUUUAUUAGAAUUAUUUUUAAAUUCUAACUAUGAUCUUAAAUUAUAACAAGUAAUAAACAUUAAAUUGAUUAAAAUAUAUUUAUAUUUUAAUACUUAAUAAUAGAUUUGAUGUAUUAAAAAUUAUUAACUACCUAUUUAAAAUUUUGAUUGAAAAAUGCAUGUGAAAAAUUAAUUUUUUUUAAAAAGAUCUUAAUUCUAAAAUAUAUUAAGUUUAUUAAUAGUAUUUUUCUUGGGGGGUAACAUACUAAAAUAUUUAAAACUUACAAAGUUAUUUACAGUUUAUUAAAAUCGUAUUGGCUUUAACUGACUUAUUUACAUUUGCUUUGGUUUUUUGUUUUAGUAUUACUUAAAUAACUUUUUUUUUUGGAGUUGGGCAGUUCUGUAGUUUUUUUUAUUGUUAUUAUUAAUAAAAACAAAUAUUAAUAUAUUAUAUUUAUGGUUAUUUGACUCAAUUGUAUAUUAUUUCAUUGUCAUUACUAAACAUUGGGCAAAUGUAAAGAAUUAACAUUUAUAAAUUAUAAUAUGAUAACAUAUAUACAUGAUUGGUAUGAUACUCUAACACAAAUUAUCAGCAUUUAAUACUUAAUACUAAAAUAGUGUGUUAGAAGUUUCAGAGCAUGUAUUCUUUAAUGCUAUUAAUUUAAUAACUAUUUAAUUUUGGAAUCAACUUACAUGGAAAAUUGGUUUUAUUUUUAUUUAAUAUACUGCCUACAAUUUUAAAAUCAAUAUUCUCUUAUAUGCUUUUAUAUAUCAAUUUUUCACUGCAAUUUUGUUAGUCCUUGGAAAUUAGUUGUGCCCUACUCUUAAUUUCUCAAAAAAUAUUGCGGCUAUUUUAUCAUUAAAACGCUAUUUUGAUUUGUAAUUUCAUGUUGAAAUCUGUUGUCACUUAAUAUUAUACUCAUAUAUCACAUUACGCUAUAAACAUAAAUAUACUAUUACUUAAUUAAAAUAUUUAUCACUUGGAUAAUUUUAAGUGUUAUCUACUUAAUGACAGUAUCACUUCAGAGGUCAUAGUAGAAUUUACCUUCCCUGUCUUUCUUACGGACAAUAUAUAAAAAAUGUGUUCUGGUAAAACAAACUAAAAACCCCUUAAUAUUGAUUUUAAAGAUAAAAAAUUUGAAUAUACUUCGCACGUGGAUGGGUCACUAAUGUAGGUGAGAAGUUGGAAAGGUAGAGUGGAAAUUUAAUGUAUAUCUGCAACGAUUAACCAUUGAUAAUGAAAUACGAUUCUGAACGGAAUUCGGUUAAUAGUGUUGCUUUGUCAACAAUAUGUAGGUAUGGCAUAUUGUGGUAUAAUUAUUACAUAUGCAUAAUGUAUUUUCUUUAAUAUUUGUUUAAUAUUGUACCUUUUUCCUGAUUUUUCCCAUUUAUUGGAAAAUAAACAUCAGUAUAAAACCCGUACACUCUUCUCUGCUCAGAAUCUAAAAAAAUAUUAUAAAAUUUGUAGAUAAUUAAAUUUUGAAGUUUACUUCAGCAACAUUUUUUGAAAUAUUCAAUAUUUUAAAAAUAAGAAGUCUUCUAAAAAAACAAUAAAAAAAUUAUUGAAUUCUGAUCAUUUUGGAAGCAAGAAUUUUAUCUGUGUAAAAUAUGUUUUGGGCAAAUAAAAUAGGUUGUGCGAUCUCCCUCUAUGCACACAUAUAAACUAAACUAAUAAUAUUUUUAAUUUGACAAAAAAGUGCACACUCAAAUUCCACUGGAACUAUACAAGUUUUGUAUUAACUAUUGUGUCAAUAUUUUAAAAUAUAAUUCAGAAAAUAUGAUUAAAAACAUUUUUUGGGUUAUAAAUAUUGAUGAAAAAAAAAAGUAAUUUGAAUUACCAAAUUGUAACUACCGUUUACUUAAUUUGUGCUAGAUACCCAAUUGAAUUUCAAAUGUCUAUUGAACAUAUAAAAUAAAGAUUAUUAAUUCAACCCUAAUUAUUAAUUAUUAACGACAUCAUCAAUAAAUGUACAUACAACAUUUGCUACAAAAUCCUUUCAAUACCUGUUAGAAAGUGUUAUACAAUAAAAGAGUUCUUUUGUUAGACGAGUCUGACAAUAAAAUAUUUCAUUCAAUUAUUUUUAUUCGCAUAUUGGAAUUCAUGUUGUCAUAUUCUAUAGCAUUUAUUAAAAAUAUAUUAUUCAAAUAAUCAACAAAUUUUGUUUUUAAUCAAUACAAAUUACCUAUUACCUAUCAUCAUAGAACAUUACAUAUUUAUCUUUGUUUUAAUUAUUAUUUUGCACACAUUUAUUAUAAGAUUAUUAUGUAUAUUUAUACAUUUUAUACACCUAUAUAAUAUUGCAGGGGUAUACCAGGUGAUCCAUUUAAGUAGGUAUACUCAUUAUCUUUGAAAGUAUUAACUUUUUCUAGAAUUUGUUUUCUAGAACAUUUAAAAAAACAAGCUUUUCUACAAUUUUAUAUUUAUGUUAAUUUUUGUCACCCUUAUUUUUUGGGUUAAAACUUACUUUUGAUUUUCAAAUGGCAGCCUAUAUUAAAAUAUCCAUAAAUAGAUUGAGUAUUAAUUAAAAUGCAUAUGAGUGUUGAAAUUUUUGAUUUCUGUCAAGCCAUUGACGAGAUAUUCCACUUUUAAGUUUAGGUUGGAGGAUAGUAGUGGAGUUUUAUUUGUGUGGCAGUUUUGAGCGUGGCGUGUUUAUAAUGCACCACUACUCUCCUCCAACCUAAACUUAAAAGUGGAAUAUCUCGUUAACGGUUUGAUAGAAAUCAAAAAUUUUAACACUCCAUCUGUUUAUGGAUAUUUUAAUAUAGGUUGCCAUUUGAAAAUCAAAAGUGGGUAAUAGUUUUACCCCCAAAAAUAAGAGUGACAAAAAAUAACAUAAACAUACAAAUAAAAAGCAGCUUGUUUCUUAUAUGUUCUAAAAAACAAAUUCCAGAAAAAGUUAAAAUUUUCCGAGAUAAUGAGUGUAUUCAUAUAAUUGAAUUUCCCGGUAUUAUUAUAAUACAAUUUCAUAAUCACUUUACUAUCAUUUUAAAUCUAAUCUUGGCCAUUAUACUGUCAUAAGGUACAAUAUAUUUAAAUUAUAGGUUUUACUUAAAUAUUUUUCAUAAUACUAUUUAUUAGUCAAGUAGAUAAAUGGUUUUUAAAAAUUAUUAGUUACGGCAUUAAGACUGUCUUACAAAAUAGCAUAAAGACAUUAUUAUUAUUUAUUAAAUUGUGAACUCCAAACCCUAAAUAAAAUCCUUUUAGUAUCACUUUUUUUUUUUUAAUGUAUUCAAACUGUAUUAUUGUUUGUUAUAUUGGUUAUUGUAUAAUAUUUAUACACAAGCACUUUUAGAUAAUUGAAAUAGCAUUACUUUAAAAAUCAUUAUAAUUUUCAUAAUAUUUUUUAUUUAUUUUUAUAACUUUUCUAAUUGCUAUUUCGCUUGAAAUAAUACUAUUUUAAAUUUUUUUGUAAACAAUAAAAAUGUAUGCUUCAAUAAAAAUGAUUUUGAGUUAACUUUCUGCUUAACUUCUUUACUUCUCUUCAUGCAUAUGUUUAUUUUUAAAGAUUUCUAUAAAAUAACUAACUAUAAAAAUAUAAUAAUUUAUUUUUUAUUGUAUUUUAAUCAAUUUAUACCAUUUUAACAGAUUAUUCUGUAAUGAUGACCAACACUAACUUUUUUCAAUAAAUUCAAUAUAGUAAAGAAUUUCAAAAAUAGGUUUAUUUUGAUUAUACCAGGUGAUCCAUUUAAGUAGGUAUACUCAUUAUCUUUGAAAGUAUUAACUUUUUCUGGAAUUUGUUUUCUAGAACAUUUAAGAAACAAGCUGCUCUACAAUUUUAUAUUUAUGUUAUUUUUAGGUGUAAAACCACUACCUACUUUUGAUUUUCAAAUGGCAACCUAUAUUAAAAAUUCCAUAAAUAGAUGGAGUAUUAGUAAAUAUAAAUUUUAGUGUUAACAUUUAUUUUAACUGAUUCUCCAUUCUCGUUUUAGCCCUAAUAUUAAGGUUGCUAAAAAUAACUUUAAGGUAACAUUUUAGAGCUGCUUGUUUCAUAAAUUUUUUCAAAAAAGUUAAUACUUUCCAUGAUAAUAAAUCUCUUAUCAAUAAUUGAUUACCAUACAUAUAUUACAGUAAACUACAUGUGCUACUAGAUAUUGGCCAUCCCCUAGUAUAGGAGCUUAUAAUCAAUAUUAUAUUUAUAGUAAACAUAAGUCAAUGUAUUACAAUAAUGAUGGUAUUAUGAAUAUGUUACCUGUGAAUGUCUGAAGUUCAUGUAUGUUUUAUUCAUUAGUAACUGCUGGUAUCCAUACAAAUUAUUUGACGGUUCUCUAAAUAUUUUAAAUACAAUUUCCAAAAUCAAUCAUUCGCUAGCGAUUUAUUAUCUCAACAUUCACAAAGUUUAAAUUGUGAAACUUUAUAACCUUAUAGGUACUAAUAACUAAUAAAUAAUAUCUAUGUUUAAUAAACAAUUAUUAUUAUAAUAUUUCUGGAUAAUACUAAAAUGAUACAUAACUAUAUUAUAAUGCACUUUAACAAAAUAUUUAAAUUAUUUAAUACAUUGUUUUUCAACAUUCACCAACUAUUUUCUGUAUAUGUCACAAUCACCAAAAAGAUGUAAAUUAUAAAAGAUUUUGGACAUGCAAAAUUUGACUUGGUGAUUGUUAACAAUCUAAUCUCUUCAAAAAUUCAAGGUAACAACUAACAUUAAUUCUUAUGACAAGGUUAAUAAAUUUCUUUCAUAGCAUUCUAUUAAAUAUUAUGAUUAGUGUGCGUCUGUUAGUUUUUUGAAUUUAUGUAGCUUUUAUAAUAUUAAUUAUGCAUAGAAAUAUAACACAAAUUUGUAUGUAAACGUAAAUGGGUAUACUUUUUUAGAACUACCUGAAAAUAUAGGCAUUUGAUAUGUUCUGUUUUUUGUUUUAUUUUACAUUACAGAGGCACACACAAGCUGUACAAUGCGUACUAAAUUUAAAAAUACUAUAAAAAAUGUAUCAAUGUUGUCGCAUUGUCGACGCUGUGCCUCGAAAACGGACAUGCAUAAAUAAUUGCGUGUCGGUGUCUAUCUGUGUGUUCGUGGCGGCUCUGGCUACACAAGUAGUUUGAGUGGUCGCGUGCUGGCGGCAACGUGGGGCUAGUCAUUCUACACUGCUGCCCCCCCAACUGCCGCCUCGACCUGUCUGUGUGUGUUGUGACGUGUCCAACGUCAAUCGUUGUCCCGUGUGGGGCUCUUAAACACGUACACCGGAUGUCGAUGGUAAAUAGCAAAAAUAAACAAAACGUUAAAAAUGUUAUUUUGGAGAUCAAAACAGUAAAUGAAAGUGGUAUUGAGUCUUGGGCAAAACAGCAACAUUUACCAUAUACAAGUGUUGAUAUAAUAAUGAUAUUUUUUUUUAGUGUUAAUUUAUUUUAAAUAUUGUUUAGAUGUGGAAGAUGUGAAGUUUGUAAUCAAUUUUGACUACCCAAAUAAUUCUGAGGACUACGUUCAUCGGAUUGGGCGAACUGGUAGAUCUCACAAGACUGGUACUGCAUAUACAUUCUUCACACAAUCAAAUGCUAAACAAGCUUCUGACUUGGUAUCAGUUCUGACUGAAGCUAAUCAAAAUAUAAGCCCUAAAUUAAAAGAAAUGGCUGAUAAUUGGCGUUCCAAUGGAUUUUCAGGGAGAGGUAACAUUUAAAUAUAAUUGCAUUAGUUUAAGUUGGUUAAAUAACAAUUAAAUGUCAAACAAAUAAAACAUAUUUUUAGGUGAUAGAAGGCGUGGAUGGAGAAGUGGUCGGUCCAAAAAAUCUAAGAGUCGUUCAAGGAGUCGAGAUCGUUAUAGACGUAGAUCAAUAUCUAGAUCUAAGUCACGAUCAUACUCCAGAUCAAGAAGUCGUAGCCGUUCACGGUCAUAUGAUAGACAUCGAAGACAUAGACGUAGCAGGUAGUACUAAAACUUGAAUUAGGAUCUAAGAAAACACAAUAGUGUUUAUACUAUAUCAAUACUUCUACAAAAAUAUAUUUAUUAUAAUAUCUUAAAAUAUUUAAACUUCUUUAAAGCUAAUUGUUGAUACUAUAAAUCAGUUUGUGUUUGGAAUAUCUGUAAUUUAAGAGAUUUUAUAAAUAAGAAAAUAGCCAACACAGGGGCACGCUUUUAUUUGUAUACUUGAUCCAUUAUCAACCACUUUAACAUUAUGUUGAAUGCAUAAUUAAAUUUAUUGCACACAAUAAAUAGGAUUUUAAUUAUUUUAUUUGAGAUUUAAAUAUUUGAAAUAUUCAUAUUGUGCACUAAACAGUGGAUAUUUAAUGAACGGUCUAAUAUCUUAUUUAUCUAGUCUCUCUACCUAUAAAAUAUAAGAAACAAAACUUUGAUAACCUGAGUAUAAACACAUUAUUUCUUACCAAUAAAUUUUGAAAGGUUUCAUUAUUAAUGUAUUCCAUUUGAAGACAUGUUUAUCUAGGAUUUUUAAUUUUUAUGUUAACUGGCCAGACCAAUGAUUCUAAUAGUUUAGCAAUUCUGUUUUUUUUUUUUUAAUUCUGUGAUAGUUGAGUAAAUAUGUUUCCUUUUUUAAUCUGAUGAUUUGUUUAAUAUAAUAGUUGUUACAUUUAAAUUUAAUAUAAUAUAGUCUUUUUUUUUAAUAUUACUUAUUAAAAAAAUAGUACACUAAGAUGCAUAGUCUAGAAUAAAUGGAUGCAAGGAAUAUUGCCGUUUAGACGCCAAAAAAAAAGUAUAUAUAUUGAAAUAUUAAGUAAUACUAUAUUAUCUAUUAAAUACGAAACUUUUAAUAUCUGGAUAACUGUAUUCUAAAUCAAUAUUAUGACAAUAAUAUAGCAAUAAAAUGUUGGUUUAAUCUUAUUGGAUAAUUAUUACCUAUUACCUAAAUUGGAUUAUUAAAUAAUCUUCUGGAUAGAUAUUAUUCUUAUAUUAUUGGAAUAAAUUCUGGAAUCAGAACCACGAUGUUAGUAGGAAACUCCAACAACAAAAGUCUAGUAAACUGAUAUCAGUAAAAUAUACACAUACAUUCCAUAGUUUUGUAAUAUGAUAUUAUUUAAUGUUUCAAACAUUUUUUUAUUAUUAUCUUUUAUUUAUUUAUUUUUACAUUCAUACAUUUUAUUUAAUUUUGAUCGGUUUUAAUUCAGCCAGCGCUAAUUUUUAUGAUUUUAUUUUAGGUCAGCAUUCUUCAGUGUAUAAUUUAUAUUACUGUGUAUGUGUGUAAAAUCCGCAUCUCAAAAUUUAUAUUUUUUGCCCUUCAACAACACUAUAGCUUUACAUUUAUACUGUUUUUAUCAGUUUUUGGUGUUUGAAUGAGAAACAAAUUUUUUUUAUUUUUUUGAAGUGUACAUAAUUUAAUUUAUUUUUUGAUACAUUUAACAUUAUUUUAUCAGUUCUUCAUGUUUGAUUGACCUGGAAAAACAUUAUUAUUGUUUGAAAAAUAUAUGAUGAAUUGAAUAAUUAUUAUUAAAAUAUUUCUACGAUAGGAAUAUCUAUACAAAAUUUUUUUAUGUAGAGCAACCUAAAUAAAUUAACUGCUUUAAAUUUAAAAAUGCUCCAAUAUACAGGUACAAAUAAAAUAGAAAUGACAAAUAGUUUUUUUUACACGUAAAUGGAAUAAAUUGAAUAGAUGGCUGGGUUUUAGAUGACAUUAAAUUGAAAAACAAAAUAACUUGGUAUCUUGAUUUCUCUUAUUCGACUAUCAUAUUAACAAUCUGUGUUAGUUAUUUGUUGGAGGAAAAACUGUAACUAUUGUGGACAUGUUAAUAGUAUUACUGAAUGACGAAUGAUUUUAUCAGAUUAUAAAAAUAAAAUUGUUAAAAAUGAAACAUAAUUAUUUAGUAUAUUUUAAAUAUAUAAAAUGAAAUAGUCCAGACCACCUCCCCCUUUUACAAUUAAUAUAAAAUAUCUUACCAGCCCGAUUUUUAAUUUUUAUUAUCUAAUAAGUUUCUUGUUUAGCUGUUCAGUAACAUCUGUAUUUAAAAUCUCAUCCAUAGAUGGGAUUAUAAAUAUUACUUUACUACUAAAAUUAAGUGCAUACAUACUGACCUAAACAAUGUUCUCUUAAAAAUAAAUUGUAAUAAAUACUAAUAACUUUUACAUAGUUUCAAUAAAAUAUCAAAGAACAUUGUUUUUCAAAUUCUCUCACACUAUGAAAUGUUUAUUUGAUCAUCUCUGCUAGCAGUGUUCUAUUAAUAUAUAAGGUCAUGUAUAUGUACAAAUAUAUAUAUAUAAAUAUAUAUACACUUAUAUCUUACAUUAUAGUUUUUUUUUUAAAUAUUUAAUAAUAUAAUAAUUAUUAUUGAUGAUAGAUUUAAAAUUAACUAAGUCACUAUUUGUAAGUUAUCAUAUUAUUUUGUUAUUGUAGAUUAAUAUUAAUAACAUGCUAUAAUUCUGAUUUAUCCAAUAAACUCUAACUUUAUUGAGAAUAAGAGUACACAUUCAUAAUUAAACAUUUGCACACUGUCAGAUCGGCUUAAUCCUACUGCUGAACUGAUAAUCACCAAAUGUACGCCUUGUAUGAACAAACUCUGACUUUUUUUUCAUACACUCAUGAUUGUGCUCUUAUUCUAAAUAGAGUAUAGUAAUAUCAAAAAGUUAAUCAGUAUUGUUUUUUUUUUAAAAAUGCAGGUAUCAUAAUUUAUGUAUAAUUUUUAAUUAUUGGCAUAACUUUUAAUUUUGUAUUACACACUAUUAAAAUCCCUGUAUUAAAUAAAAUUGUAUAUUUGAUAAGCACAAUGCACUGAAUAUAGUAUAUCAUUAUUAAUUUACUUAUAAAACAUAUACUAAAUAUAAUUAUAAUAUUUUUAAUUUUAGGAGCUCAGAUUAAUGACACUAAUUGAACAAAAAUUAUAUUUCCAAUAUGGUUGUUUUAAGUAUACAAAUCUUUUUUUUAUAUAUUGUUCGCCAUUUUGUUUUUCUGUUAAUGAUCAAUUUAAAUUUAAUAUUUAUUAUUAUAUAUUUUAAUUUUACUCAAAAUAAAUAUGUGUAUGGUAUUUGUGUUUUAUUUGUCAAAAAUCUUAAUAUGUCUACUUAAUAUGUUAAAAAUAGAAUUAUAAAACAAUUGUGUUUAUAAAUAAAUAUCAAUGUUGGUCUGAUACAUUUUGAUAUUUAUAUAUUUUAAUUAGUCAUUGAUGCGUAAAACUUUUCUUAAUCUAUUAUAUAACUUUUGGCCAAGUUAAUAUCUUUAGUUUAGUUUAAUAAAUAAAACAAUUUGUAAUUAUUGGUUAUAAUGAAUACUUAAAUAUAUGUGUUAAAAAAAAAAUAUAUGUAUACUAUAUAAUUAUCAUAUACAUGUUAAGAUUAGAAAUUUUUCUAGAUCCUUUUUGAAUUAAAUAAAUCAAACUUCCAAAAUAUGUAUAUAAAGAAACAAUUUUCUAAUAAAUUACUAAUAAAAACUUG